UACUCCACUUGUUCAAACAUCAUCUUUCCCCUUCUUUCUCUCUUUCUCUUUCUCUCUCGCAAACUCAUUCCAAUCAAUUUUCUAUAUCUGUCAACUGUUGUUCUUGGCUGGAUUCUGAUGCUUUAAAUGUCUUCUUAGAUCUGCUAACUCCGCCUGAUUUUGCUUCUUGAGGUGAAUGAAGCUCAAAGACUUAUCCAUUAGGAGGAACAGAGAGUUCGCUGAUCUAAACAUCCCAAUCUUCGUUGACUACGUAAUCGGAUUUUAUCCAAGAAAUGUCAUCAGAUACACCUCCCAAUUGAAACGUUUCCAUAAGUGGAAAAGGUAAUGGAUAGAUCAGACACAUCUGGAUUUGUGAGUGGUGGAGCUAGCCUAUUGGAAACUUCUCUAUUUCUCUUCAUCUUGAUAUACAGAUCAUUCUAAUUUCUAGAUAUACUCUCCUAGUUUCCUACAAACACUUUCUUCAAAAAUGGUAUACAGUAACCCUAAAAUGGAUCUCAACAAUAGUCUCGCACUUGUUUCUUGUAAUGGUGACACAACAUUAAGCUUGGAUUGCUUUGGUUAUGGCGGAAACACAACCACGGCGUCUGGAUAUGAAAUCAGCCGUGAAAAACCAACCAGUCCGCCGGCGGCGGACGAUGGCUGCAGAUUAGUUCUCGGAUUAGGGCCCACACCUAGUAUAUAUUCUAAUGAUUAUUUCUCCACCGGAACCAUAACCAAAAAACCAACAAAUGGAUCGAAAUCGAACAGGGGAAUGGAAUGCGAAGGUGAUUCCGUUCUCAAAUUAGGGUUUUCCGAUCAUUCUGUAACUGAUCUGAAUCCAUCUUUUUAUUCUCAUAAAACUUGUUUUGACGAUGAGGGCUCUACAUCGGCAAAAAAAUCCGGCGGCUAUAUGCCGUCGCUUCUUCUAGCUCCGAGAAUGAAAACCAACGUUUUUGAGGCGGGAGAAAACUCUUUCCAUGGUCCUCAGGUAAGCUCAGAACCCUCUGCAAUCUCCGACUACUCCAUGGGAACAAUCUCCGACCACCAAACCAGCAACUCCAAAAAAUGUAAGUUUUCCGGUUGCACAAAAGGUGCUAGAGGCGCAACCGGCCUCUGUAUCGGCCAUGGCGGAGGUCAGAGAUGUCAGAAACCGGGGUGUAGCAAAGGAGCUGAGAGCAGAACCGCGUACUGUAAAGCUCACGGCGGCGGGCGGCGGUGUCAGCAUUUAGGCUGUACAAAAAGUGCAGAAGGUAGGACGGAGUAUUGCAUUGCCCACGGCGGUGGGAGACGGUGUGGCCACCCAUCGGGGUGUAGUAAAGCCGCUAGGGGAAAAUCAGGGCUUUGUAUUAAGCACGGCGGAGGAAAGCGGUGUAAGGUUGACGGAUGUACUCGUAGUGCUGAAGGACAGGUUGGUUUGUGCAUUUCUCACGGCGGCGGCCGGCGGUGCCAGUUCCAAGGUUGUAACAAGGGAGCUCAAGGCAGCACAAUGUAUUGUAAAGCUCACGGUGGUGGGAAACGCUGUGUGUUCGCCGGUUGUACGAAAGGAGCGGAAGGCAGUACACCACUUUGUAAAGCACACGGCGGCGGAAAGCGGUGUUUGUACGACGGCGGUGGGAUUUGCCCUAAAAGCGUUCACGGAGGAACGAACUUUUGUGUCGCUCACGGUGGCGGCAAGAGGUGUUCAAUCGCCGGAUGUACGAAAAGCGCACGUGGCCGGACUGAUUGCUGUGUGAAGCACGGAGGAGGGAAGCGGUGUCGAUCUGAAAACUGUACAAAAAGCGCGCAAGGAAGCACCGACUUCUGUAAAGCUCACGGCGGCGGAAAGCGGUGUAACUGGGGCGGAGAAGGGACGUGCGAGAAGUUUGCGAGGGGGAAGAGCGGGCUUUGCGCCGCCCAUACGAGUAUGGUUCAAGAAAGAGAAAACAAGAAGAGUAACUUUGGAAUCGGAAUCGGACCAGGGCUCUUCCAUGGGUUAGUUCCGGCGCCGCCGGCGUCGGCGUCAACCGUCGUGAGCAGCUUUGAAAACACGUAUUCUUCCUCCGGCGUUAGUAUCGUCUCUGACUCCAAUGACUCCCUAGAAAAUCCCGCCAAACGACAACACCUGAUUCCGCCUCAGGUAUUGGUUCCUUCGUCGAUGAAAUCCCCAUUUUCAUCAUCGUUUCAAUUGAGUUCCGACGGAAGACAAGGCGGAGAAAGUGGGAGGAGAUCGGAGUUGGCGGUGCCGGAGGGCCGGGUACACGGCGGCGGACUGUUGUCGCUGCUUGGGGGGAACCUGAAGAACGCAAGCAUUGAUGGUGUGUAAUUUUAGGAUUUGUCGAAGUGAUUUUUUUUCUUUAUUUUUUAGUGUGUGUGUGUAUAAUUGGUGAGACUCCUUUUUGUUGUAUGAUAAUUGAUAAGCAUUUGUUGUUUGUGUCUAAA